AUGGCGAUAAAUAUACUUUUAAAAAAUCGAAAAAGUUCAUUAACAACAAUUAUUAAAUCCAAUUAUAGUAUGGAACAAUUUAGUAUGGAAGUCUCGAAAGAAACGUCCAAAGAAAAACCAAAAAAUUCAUGGAGAUAUGUUGAUAGUAGUAAAUAUCAAGUUCAUGUCACAAUUUCUCCUUCUAUUGAUCCAACUAUUAUAUUAGAAGAAGAAAUUACAAAUAAAGGAGUAGUUUACAUGGAAGAUUUAGAAAAAAGAGAAGAAGUAUAUGGAAUAUGUGGAGAAUGUAAUGAACCUGGAACAGGGAAAAAAUGGUGUCAAUUUUGUAAUUCAAAAAGACUUCAGGAAAAUUUUGAAAAUUGGACUAGUGAAAAUAAAGAGAUUGAUGAAUUAUUACAAUAUUCACAGCUUAAUGCUGUAUAUUACACAAAAUGUCUUGAGUGGAUACCUUUUGAAAAUUUUCAAAAUGUUACUUAUGUAGACGAAGGAGGAUUUGGUAAAAUUUAUGCGGCUGAUUGGCAUGAUGGUUAUAUUGAAUGUUGGUCUAUUGAAAGUCAAAAAUGGAUAAGGUCUUCAAAUAAACGUGUUGUAUUAAAAAGUUUGAAUCAUUCUUUUGAUAUAAGUACUGAAUUUUUAGAUGAGAUAAAGUCUCAACUUCAUAUUUAUUUUGAGAAUAUUAUUUCAUAUUAUGGAAUUACUCAAGAUCCAAAUACCAAAGAUUAUAUGGUGGUUUUAGAAUAUUGUAUGGAUGGAAAUUUGAGACAUUAUUAUUUAAAUCAGCAACCCGAAUAUAAUUCAAAAAUUUAUGAUUUAUUGGCAAUUGCGAAAGGUCUUAUGAAUAUCCAUGAUGCUGAUAAAGUUCAUAAAAAUUUUCAUCCGGGCAAUAUAUUGUUUAAAAAUUAUUAUCCUUAUAUAAGUGAUGUGGGAAUUUGCCAACCAGCAAAUAAAGAGCAAUCAAUUAAAGGACAAAUUUAUGGGGUUCUUCCUUAUACGGCACCAGAAGUUCUACGUAACCAUCAAUAUACAAAAGAAUCGGAUAUUUUUUCAUUUGGAGUCAUAAUGAACGAAUUUAUAUCUGAAGAAAUUCCAUUUAGUGAUAUUCCUCACGAUUAUAUUUUGGCCGAGAACAUAUGUAAAGGAUUUAGACCAAAAAUUUACAAAGGUACUCCAAAAUUAUUUGAAGAUUUAAUUGUAAAAUGUUGGGAUUCCAAAGCUGAAAAUAGACCAACUAUUAAAGAAUUAUAUCAAAUGUUAAAAGAAUGGGACGAUGAAAAAUUGAAUAAUGAUAGUGAAAUUUUUUCUCAAGUAAAGGAAUGGAAACAAAUUAGAGAAAAUGAAUAUAAAAGUGGAUCAAAUAAAAAUAAGUCUAAAAAUAUUAGUAUUCAUUCUCAAGCAUUUUAUGUUAGUAAACUUUUAGAUUUUCAAAAUCUUUCAGAACCAAUAAAUUCUUCAGAUUCAGGUAAUGUUUAA